AUGACCCAGAAGUUGAACUUCGUUGAGGAAUUCCUCCUCUCCGGUGUCGCCGCCGGUGUUUCAAAGACUGGAGCCGCCCCCAUUGAGCGCAUCAAGCUCUUGGUUCAGAACCAGGAUGAGAUGAUCAAGCAGGGCACUCUUGAUCGACGAUACACUGGCAUCGUCGACUGCACCAAGCGAACCAUGGCUUCCGAGGGAAUCGGCUCAUUCUGGCGAGGAAACCUUGCCAACGUUCUCCGAUACUUCCCCACCCAGGCCUUGAACUUUGCCUUCAAAGGACAGAUCAAGAGCUUGUUCGCCCUCUCCAAGGACGCUUCCGCCCCCGCCAAGUUCGCGACUAACAUCGCUUCCGGUGGUUUCGCUGGUUCCCUCUCGCUCGCUUUCGUCUACUCCCUCGAUUACGCCCGUACUCGACUUGCCAACGACGCCAAAGGCAAGGACGGCAAACGACAGUACAACGGUUUGAUCGAUGUUUACCGAAAGACCCUCACUUCUGAUGGUAUCUCUGGUCUCUACCGAGGAUUCACCAUCUCUUGCGUUGGUAUCUUUAUCUACCGAGGUCUCUACUUUGGUCUCUACGAUACUGCUAAGCCUCUGUUCCUUGGUGACCAAUCCAGCUUCCUCCUUUCCUUCCUUCUCGGAUGGGCUGUGACCGUCGUUUCUGGCCUCGCCUCCUACCCCAUCGACACCGUCCGAAGACGAAUGAUGAUGACUUCCGGAACUGGCGUCCACUACAAGUCCUCCCUCGACUGCGGCAUGCAGGUCAUCCGAAACGAAGGCUUCAUGUCACUCAUGAAGGGCGCUGGUGCCAACGUUCUCCGAGGUAUUGCCGGAGCUGGUGUCCUCUCUGGAUUCGACUUGGUCAAGGACGCCUACGUCGCCAUGCGAACUGCUUAA